CGUGGCAUGACCCUGGAAGAGACUCAAGACUAAGGCAACAAGGCGCGAUAGGGCUUCUCCCUCACAUGCGGGGUUCCGUUGAUCUUCUUCCACCGCUUCUCUUCCGCUUCAUCUUCACUUCAUCCCUUCCCUCCCUUCAUCUCCAUCGGUCGCCAUGACUUACUCCCUUCGACAAAUAUCCCGGCACAACCUCAACACCUUCCGCCAAAAUUAUGUCUCCGAGAUAUCCGGCUCCCUCGGCGAUCUGGGAACCUUCCUCCCGAUCGCGAUCGCUCUCGCCGUCAACGGCACCAUCUCGCUGUCCAGCACCCUGAUCUUCUCCGGCCUCUUCAACAUCCUGACGGGCUUGCUGUUCGGCAUUCCGCUUCCCGUUCAGCCCAUGAAGGCUAUUGCCGCCGUCGCACUCGCCCAACAUUUCAAUAACGGAUCCAUCGCCGCCGGCGGCAUCUUCGUCGGCGCCUGCGUUUUCGUCUUCAGCAUCACCGGUCUCCUGCGCUGGUUCGCCGACGUCAUCCCCAUCCCCGUCAUCAAGGGCAUCCAGGUCGGCGCCGGACUGUCCCUGAUCAUCGCCUCGGGCAGCAGUCUCCUCUCGUCACUCUCAUGGCUCCACCCGUCGUGGGCCGAUAACCUGAUCUGGGCGAUCGCCGCAUUCAUCUUCCUCCUCGUGACGAACGUCUACCGCACCGUUCCCUACGCCCUGAUCGUCUUCAUCAUCGGUCUUAUCUUCGCCAUCAUCCGCAGCGCGUUGGCCGCCAACCUCCCUUCCCUGGAGCUCUGGCAUCCGGGUGUUUCGGCCCCCACCGGCGCGGAAUGGGCGCGCGGCGCUAUCAACGCCGGAAUCGGCCAGCUCCCGCUGACGACGUUGAACUCCAUCGUGGCAGUCGUGCAUCUGGCCGGUGACUUGCUGCCCAACGUGCACACGCCAUCCAUCACCUCGGUCGGACUCAGCGUCGCAGUCAUGAAUCUGAUCGGGUGCUGGUUCGGCGCGAUGCCCGUCUGUCACGGAUCGGGGGGCUUGGCGGCGCAGUACCGCUUUGGUGCGCGGUCGGGCUCUAGCGUCGUGUUCCUGGGCGCCUUGAAGCUCAUCAUCGGGGUCUUCUUCGGCGAGUCGCUGGUCAAUCUGUUGAAGCAGUUCCCGUCGGCCAUGCUGGGCGUGAUGGUCAUCGCUGCGGGACUGGAGUUGGCCAGUGUGGGCGAGAGUCUGAACACGACGGGCGCACGGGACAUCGGCAAGACGUUCCAUGGGCUGCUGGGCGGGGAGGCGAUGCAGGAGGUCUCGCCGAUGCUGAGCGACGUGGAUCGUAAGCGACGGUGGACGGUCAUGUUGGUGACGGUGGGGUUGCUGGUUGGGUUCAGGAACGAUGCGAUUGGGUUCCUGGCGGGGAUGCUGUGUCAUUGGAUCUAUGAGAUUCCGGUGGUUAUUGAAGAGGUGAAGAGGAGGUGGCAGGGCAGACGGAGUGUUCGGUUGGAGUGAGCAUAUGCGAUCUACUUUGAUGGUUGAAGGGG